GGGUAGUCUGUCGUCUGACGGACUUGUAUUGUUUAUCAUAGAAUCUAUAGUUUUGCGACAGUAGAAAUGCGGAUGUUGUAAAUUGUUUUUCAUUUUUAUCGCAAACUCAUCAGUAUCGGACAAUAUAAGAAGAUAUCAAAGAAGACUAUGACGAUUAUCGUAAACUUCACGCUUCUUGUUUGUGAAAAUAUUUCAUUUCAGAUACAACGACUGAAUAUUGAUUCUUCCUGAUUAUUCAAAAUGUUUUAAUCGGACACCGGAGGCCAAAUUGGAGUUCGAAUUCAACGAGUACUAGAACCAGCUUUUUUAGUAAAUCUUAUUGUGGAAGAUCAUUAUAUUUAUCAAUUACACAAUUAUUACAACCGUAUAUGGGUGAUCAUUAUCCGACCGAAUCUCUUGCGAAACCAUCGUCACUUUGUGGAAUUUGUAAUAAUUAAUUUCCGUUAAUGUUUUCCCCGUAGAUCAGUAAAAUAGUUUGCUCUGAAUAAUGAAAUGACUUGAUAAUUACUCUUAAUAGUCAUUUGACACACAGACAAUAAAUUUUGGUUGUUUUAAUCAUCUGUGAGCACAGAAUGUUGGGAUCACGGAGAAUGAUACCGGGCGUAUCUCGAGUUUACACCGCUAUACCGGUGAAGUUGCUGGUGUUGCUGUUGAUGAUGUGCUUAUGUCGCUGCCACCAAGCUCUCAAUGGAGAGGAUGAGUUGUCUGGAAUGGAGAUGGGGCAACCUUGUCGUGAUAUUCCUUAUGAUGACGUAAACAAUGCUGGUGAUGUCUUCAAGUGGCCGUGGUCGACAGAAGAUGACCUUUCAUUACCUAACCUAGCGCAAUUUCGCCAUGGAGGAGUAAUAGCUUGUAUUGAUGACCUUGAUCAUUGUCAGAAUGGAUUUACAGCCAGCUUCAACAUUACACUGGACAAAGUCAAGGCCUUAGACAGUGGCGAUAUUAUCGAUUUCAUGCCAGCGCUCAAUCCCUCAGUCUAUGAAAGCUACUGGGAAAUGCCUGUGUCGUUGCGUCUUGAAGAGAUUGACCCGAAGCAACAGAUAGGAAUUUUUAAGGUGCGAGUGAAGACAUCCGAUCUGGCUUGGGACUUACAUUUCACCUCCCGGCUUAAUGCUGAUCAUCCCAUUCUUGUGGUUCUGACUUGGAAACGUAGCAUUGGUCUAGAUGUCUAUGUGGAUGACAUCUGUGCUGGGUUCAUUGUCAAAGGCUUUUCUCGUAAAAUAUUGGAUAAAGCCCAGACUGAAUAUGGAGACGGUAUCAUCACCAUCCCGCCAGACAAAUUUCAGUUUGUAGAGUUUCUUAGACCUUCGGGAUCUCUCUUGGAUUUUCUGAAUGAAGAUACGACAUACAGCUACUACUUGGGUUGCCUCCCAAUGACUAAAUUAGCAUUGCUCGACCUAUUCAGAGAAACGUUGCCGUUAUCUGCAGAAGACAGCGCUGUUAUUUCGUGUCGCAGGUCAUGCUAUAACAAGUUCGCAUCACUGUAUGCCUUGAUUGGAGAGAACCAGUGUCGAUGUGCUGAUGACAUUACUACUCUAGACCAUACACUGAUGUGCGGAGAGGUGUGUCCCAGUUACUCUUCUCUGCCGUGUGGGUCUGAGGCAGAAUUGAGUGUUUACUUAACAUCGAGUUUGGUCACUCAAUUGCCUUAUCCAAUAGCUGACGAUGCCUCUCCUUCCAAUUCCCUAUCUGACAUCCGGCCUCUUGAAACACCACUCCAUCCGCAUGCGAGAUACAGGAGAAGUUCCGUUAAUGAAGAAACAGAUAGUCCUCUUGUUAGGCACCGAAGGAGUACAGAUUUUAUUGCUCUCGAUGAUAUCAAUGGUCUGGUAAACACUAUUCUGAACUUCACGUAUGUCAUAUAUUCUGAAACAUCAGCACUCACAUGCUCAUGGACCUUUGGUGAUGGCACUGAUACGUUAACUCAAUCCGAUGCUGAACAUGGUACACAGUAUCAGCAUCAAUACACCCAGCCCGGUGACUUCACUGCCACUGUUGACUGUGGUGGGAUACAAGACUCUGCAUCAGUCACAGUAUGGAGCAGCCUCGAUGGAUUAACAUCCGAGCAGUUCAGUAUUCAACAGGUCGGUACAACAUCUACUCUGUCAGACAUCACUGUUCGGGUUACCAGAACAGGUGGAGAGGAGUUGCCUGAAAGGGCAAUUUUCAUUCUGAAUGGACUGGAAGAAGACUUUGUGCCAUCACCAUCCACCCAAUUUGAAACUUCCUGGACACCAACUAAGUUUGGAACAUUCCCCAUGGAUGUUAUCAUUUCGAACAAGGUUGAAGAAGACAUUGUUCUUUCCUUGAAUGUAACUGUUGGGGAUGCAGUAUCUGGAACAUUAGUCACAGUAUCAGGUCCCCUUGGUACAAACCAGCCUCUACAUGUUACAGUUCAGAUAAGUGGUGGGAGUAAUGUAACUGUUGAUGUGGAUUUCGACGAAGGUGAUCCUGUUUCUCAACACCCUCUGAUCAACGACUACACAUGGAUUAGAAGCUAUGCAACAGCAGGUACAAAGAAUAUUAGGGUCACUGCAUCUAACGUCUUUGGAUCUGAGUUGCAAACUGAAGCUGUUGACAUAAUCCAGUCUGUCAUUGGGUUACAACUGUCUGUAACUCCACUUUCUGUCGCUACGAGCGAAACUGUUGAUUAUAGACUCACUGCAGGAGCCACUGUUAUCAAUGAUGUGACAUGUACCAUACUGACAGGCGAUGGGGCGAGUUUUGAGCUAAGUGAUGUAAUACUGAAUAGUGGAUUCGAGUAUUCUGAAAGCUUCUCGUACUCCCAAGAGUUUCUUGAACCUGUGAAAGUAUUAGCAACAUGUUCGAAUGCUGUCAGUAACCAAACUGUAGAAAAAUAUAUCGUGGUUGGUAAAACGGUGCAAAGCUGCUCUAUCUACGCUCCUGAUGCACAGGUCGUAGGGGAGGAUGAUGAAACAGUUAUCCUUGUUGAAGGUGGCAAUUCCCUUACGAUCGAGCUAGACUUUGAUGAUGAUUCAGGUACUGUUACCGUAAAUUCUGAAAUCCCAGGAAGGAUAUCGGUCAAUCAUUCUUUCAGUAUGGUUGGAAUGUAUAACGUUACUGCUACAGUCAGGAAUCCACAAACGUCUGAUAUUGCGUGUUCGAGUGAUAAUGCCACAAUAUAUGUCCAGGAUCGUAUACCAGCCUCUCACUUAUUUGCAUUGAGUGCCUCCCCUGAUGCUAUUGAUGUGACCGUGGAGCAACAAAUCAACUUCACCUUGACUCUAGAUUCAGGGCAAAGCAUCCCCCAAGAUACGUAUAUUACAUUCCUUUUUUCCCAGCAGUGUACCUGCAGUCUUUCAAUGAAGCUUGAGAACCAUCUGACAUUUACCGGGGCCAUCUACAAUGUUAGUGGAACGUACAUCGUCACUGCAGUUAUUUCUAAUAGAGUGAGUGCUGCCACCAAGCAGAUGCAGGUUGGGGCGGUGGAAAGAUUAGGAGAGGUCACCAUGACAUUGUCUGCAGAAGCAUUGCUGGUAGGGGAUGUUCUGGAAUUUACAGUCUUGCCUGCCAGUGGAACUGAAAUACUGAUAAAUAUUACAUGGGGUGAUGGUAGCCACGAUGACCGCCAUCUAUCAUCAGCUACAUCUGUUACGUUUAAUCACACAUACAACACUCCUAAUGAGUAUGAAGUAUGUGUGAGUGUGUACAAUGCUCUGUCACCCAGUGCAAGGCCAAACUGCACGGCCAUACAAAUCCUGUAUCCGGUUCAGGGAUUAACCUUCAACACAUAUACCCAACUUAUUAUAAGAGAUUCAUGUAUAUUUGUUAUUGGACUUUUGCCAGAGGUACCCCAUCCUUCAGGGAUGACAUGCAUCAUUGAUGGAGGUGAUGGUACCGACCCUAUCGUCAUAAAUGAAGAUUCUAUAUCUUCUUUUCCACAUCAAAAAAGUUGGUCUUAUCAUCCGGCAUUAAAGAAUUAUCUAGCCACAUUGCAUUGCUUCAAUGUCCUAGGAUCAUUGAACCUUACAACGGCGGUCAGUGUGAGGAAGCCAAUAUCAGAUGUAUUUGAACUAAACGCGCUGAAUUCGUUUCAUUGGCUUUCCGAAAGUACGGUUUGGUACGAAUUGUCAGUGAAGGAAUAUGAAGACAUUCCUUUUGGCUAUGCUGACUUCUAUUGGGACUUUGGGGAUGGGAACUACUCACAUGAAAACAGGAUCAUGCUCGAUCGGACAAUAUCUAAAACCAAAAAGUACACAGAUGAAGGAUUUUACCAAACCAAUGUGACUAUAUCUUAUGGCUUGUGGAAUGGUGUUCUCACAGCAUCAGUGACGGUAGCCAAAAAACGUGAUUUGGACGUUUCUAUCAGAUAUUUUGGUGGUGACAGAGAUGGGGAGUAUGGAGGUGGUCAGAAUGAAACCUGGUUUUACAAAAACAAUCAACUUAAAUUUACACCUGUCCCUUUAUAUAAUGACACACAAUAUGUAUGGAAAUAUAGUUCAGAUCAACCAGCAAGUUCUGAAGAUGAAUUUAUUCAUGAAUUUGAAUCAACAGGUGUUUUUGCCGUAACUGUGGAAGCAAAACAUCCGCUGUACACUGAUAAUCUGGUGACUUUUCUCCACAUUGUGUCGCCGUUUACAUUUGAGGACAUUGUCGUGGAAGAUGCUUCGGGAAAUGAAACUCGAAGGCUGAAGACUUACAGUAAACUCAACAUCACGCUAUUGGGAGAAGGUCUCACCUCUCCUCUUUGUAUCCUCUGGGUGUUCUGCAAUGAAACUUUAUACUUUUCUGGUCCCCCAAACUGCUACAAUGCUGCUUAUAGCAGCGGUGAACCGGGUGUUGCAUGGUCAACAGAUGGACAAGUGCUAACUCAUGUUGAGUUCAACACGCCAGGAGAAUUUAAUUUAACCGUUAUCAUUACAAAUAACAUGGACGCGGAUGCCUCUACUGCCAGUUUGUCAAAAAUUAUAACCAUUGUUGGAUGUCUUGUCCCACCGGUUGUGACUAUAAGUGGAUCCGGAAGUUCCAGAGAACAGCCUAAAAUAUAUCUACGUUCAGACAAGUUCCGUUUGACGUCCACUGUGCGGCUUUGGUGUUUCGGCCUUGAACAACCGCCAAUUUUUCAGUGGUCGACAAUGAUGAUAGACCCGUAUGAAGAGAAUGCAAAUUUUACCGACCUAGAUGAUAAAGAUGGGUCAUAUGUCGACAUUGAACCUCUUACAUUUGAAGUGGGGCUGUACAAUCUCACCAUGACUGUUACAGUAACUGAUACAACACCUGAUUUAUCUGGGACUGAUUUUGCAUAUAUGCGCAUUGACCCAUCACCCCUUAUUGUCACCAUUGCCGGUGGUAGUGCCAGGUCUGUCAAUGGCUUACAGGAUAUUCACUUCAAUGCAUCAGGGUCACGAGAUCCUGACCAAAUCCUUGAGGAUCAAGACCUGCGUCAAUGGAACUUCACAUGGAGUUGUAAGAGCAAUCAUGACACGACGCCCACUCCUACAGUACCCAACGGAAUUUGCGAGCAAACCACAGAACAGACGAUUCCCGGAAAAGUGCAACCGCUCUUUACUAUUGAAGCAGAACGUCUUGCGCUGGAUACAAAGUACAUUAUCAUGGUGGAUGCCAUUCAUGCUGACGGUAGAUUUGGAUCCUAUGAACAGGCCAUACAAACUGUUCCAGGAACACCAGUCUUGGCUAGAAUUGACUGCAUUACCAACUGUUUAUUGAAGGUUAACCCGACUUCGCCAGUGUCGUACCAGGCUCAUUGUGAGAACUGUGCCACACAGAAUGCAACAUAUCUCUGGGAGAUGACGACUGGGGAAGAAGAGAGAGAGCUGGUAGAUCUUGAAGCAAAAGCAGCAAGUGAGUUGACCAAAAGCGGACUACAGAUAAAGAGCGAUGUCUUGGAGAGUGGCAAGUUCUACUACGUUAGAGUGUACGUGGAAGAACCGGGGAUGUUACAGGGAUUCGUCGAGGUCUCCUUCUACACGAACCUCGUUCCCUUUGGAGGCACUUGUGACAUGUAUCCAAGAAACGGGUCAGCCCUUGUGUCGGAUUUCACGGCAUCCUGCGACAACUGGAAGGAUGAAGGGGAUGCACCAGAGUAUGACGAAAGAAGCGACGAUGAAUCGGUUCUUCUCUAUAGAGUGCAGUACCGGGCUAUGGGCUCGGAUGCCGACUACGCCAUGCUCGUGCAAGCAGCAGAAGCAAAGGAAACCAAAGGAUUGAAGUUCCCCAUCGGUCCAAAAUCUGCCAACUACACAUUUGAAGUUCUGUUCACGAUCCUGGAUAAGUUUGGCGGAAUUGCCCAAGUGCAGAGAAGCAUCCAGGUUUUCUUGAAAGAGGCAGCUGUGGAGAAGGAGGAGCUGCUGAACCUCUUCAGUGAGAAAGGAGAUCUAAACGCCUUGACACAGUCCAAGGAUCCAGAAGCCGGCAUGCGCCUGCUUGGUGCCGUCAUAUCUGUGGUAUCUCAGACUGCUCUGACUACUGAAGAUACAGUAUUGGUGAAAGACAAGUCAAUAAAUGUGUUGACGGAGUUGGCAGCUAUGUCGAAGACGUCGGAUGGCAUCGGCAUGGCUGCGGAGGGAUUCUCAAGCCUCUACGCAUCCUACCCCCCUCCUAGUGGCAAUCAAGCUAUUAAUGCUGCUACAUCGUUGGAGGAAAUGACAUCUAAUUAUGCUGACAUCACAGGGAGUAGCGCUGAAGACAUUAAAAGAACAGGCGAUUCACUCAUUGGUACCUGUGGUAACAUGAUGUCAGUAAUUCUGCCAUCCAUGUCUUCUAAUUCAUCUGGAUCAAACGUAACUGAAGAAGUAAUUUCACCAGACGACCAAGAAGGACAAAUACAGGAGAAUAAUUUUGAGAAGAAAAUGGUGGCCACGCUGAUAGUAGAUGUCAUCGACAAAGUCAGUGACCUGAUCACCUCAAAGCUUGUAGCUGGUCAAGCUCCGGCCAUCUCAAAUGGACCUUCAGUUCAGGUUCGGUGCCAGGUCAAUGCCCCUGAGGAUCUAACCACCAAUAAUGAAUCUAUCCAAGUGGAAGUGGCUCAGAUAGGGUUUCCGCCAGCCUUUGACUUCAUCGGAGAGGAAAUUGGACAGAAAUUGGUUGCAACCAAAAUUAUCAGCUAUGCCGUGAAUCCCUUCAGCUAUGCUGGAGGAAGCAAUAGCCUCGGGUCAGGUGUACUCAGCAUCGAGCUCCAGACGGCAGAUCGAAAGAAGAUACCCGUCUCAAACGCGUCGGAACCCUUGAGGAUAGUGCUUCAGACAGAAGCGGAUGCUCCGGCAACGUUAGCGGUAGACGGCAACAUCACACAGAAACGUCCAAUGUCCUAUCACCAGUUCAAUAUCUCCAAGCCUGAUGAUGAUUUCAGGGCGGUCAUCCGAAGCGACAGUUCCAGUGGUUUCUGGGUGUUUGCGAAAUUUCAGUAUCCGCCACUCAAUGACAGUUACGACGUGGUCCAGCGGUUACCGAGGCAACUCAAUGACACAGAUGGUAGGGAGGGAUCCUUGAUUGAAGAAAUUAGGAACACGUUUGUUUUAUCAAAGGAAGACCACUGCGGGAACGGGACAUAUUUCAUUGGCAUCGUGCCUGCAGGUUCUGAUGAGGAAUUUGCAUCUCUGAAAUCAAACUCGACCAAAUGUUCUGGAGAGGAGAGGCGGCUCGUGAUUAACGCAAAUAACGAAAAUACGACGGCUGUCUUAUUUGCGUAUAAUAUUAGCUUCUAUUCAUCGGCAUGUAGAUACUAUGAUAACAUUACGGACGAGUGGAAAGGCGAUGGGUGCUGGACCGGGAUUAUGACCAGCACCAGAGAAACGCACUGUCUCUGCAACCAUCUGACAUCCUUUGCAUCCGCCUUCUUCGUCCCGCCCAACAAAAUCGAUUUCAGCGAUGUCUUCAGCAAGAAUCUUCUUGAAAACUUUGCCGUCAUGGGGACCAUCAUUGUGAUUGUAUCGAUAUAUCUACUUCUCCUCAUCUACGCCAGGAGGAAAGACAAGCAAGAUCUCAUCAAGUGGGGUGUUACACCUCUGAGUGACAACCACCCAACGCAUACCUACGGAUACCAGGUGACCGUGGAGACCGGGGUCAGACCAGGAGCCGGAACCAAAUCCAAAGUCGGUAUCAUGAUAUCCGGAGAGGAUGCGGAUACUGGAUCGAGAGUCUUGGAUGACCCCAAGAGACCUGUAUUCCAAAGCGGCUGCAUCAACAGUUUCUUGAUGACAGUUCCGAGGCCACUGGGUCUGCUUACCUACGUUCGAAUCUGGCAUGACAACUCUGGGGCGGGAGGACAAGCAGGUUGGUUCCUUUCAAAGGUCUCUGUCAUGGAUCUACAAACGGGCAAGGAGUUCUUCUUUCUAUGUGAGCAGUGGCUAGCAGUAGAGCAAGGAGAUGGUUCUAUAGACAGAACAUUGUUUGUAGCCAGCAAGAAAGACAUGACACAGGUGGGUCAACUAGUCUACACAAGCGGGCGAAAGAAUCUAUCCGACCAGCAUCUGUGGUUUUCCCUGUUCAGCCGCCCAACAAGGAGUUCCUUCAAUCGAUGCCAGCGACUGUGUUGCUGCCUGACACUCCUGUGUACCUCCAUGUUAGCCAAUGCCCUGUUUUACAAGGUAGAUGUGACGGCUGCUCAAGCACAGGCAAUCAAGAUUGGACCCAUCACCAUCACACCAAGUCAGAUUGGAAUAGGUAUAAGUAGCUCUCUAGUCGUCAUGCCAGUUAACCUUAUCAUAGCCCAGAUAUUUCGGAAGGCGCGACCGCUUGACACUGAUGCACCAGACCCCCUCAUAGCCCUCAUCCGAAGAAUCUUCACUCGGAAGAAGAGGGACGAAGAGAAGAAGCCACUUGAUCAGUUCAACUUUGAGGAGAAGCGUCAUGAUAAAGCCAUUUCUGAAAAGGAAGUGAAUGUCAAUGUAGGAUCAGGUCAGUCUUCAACCGAUCCCCCUUCCGAUCCUCCGCCCGCCGAGCAGAGUGCUGCUGCUGCAGCCACCAAGAAGAAGUAUCCUCUGCCGCACUGGACCGUCUACCUCGCCUACAUCCUGUCCUUCAUUGCCUGCUUUCUGUCGUGUUUCUUCGUGGUGUUGUACAGUUUAGAGUGGGGAAAAGAGAAGGCGCAUGAGUGGUUGAAGUCCAUGAUCGUCUCUUUCUUCAGUUCGGCAUUCAUCAUUCAACCAACGAAGGUGAUAGUCAUUGUUUUCAUAGUGUCCAUCAUCUUCAAGAAGCCUUCGAAAAUGAAUGAUGCCGAUGCCGAAGGUCUCAAAGACAAGACAAUGAACAAGCUUCAGACAGAUGAGGAAUAUCUCCAUGAGGAUUCAUUGACUGCAGGAAAAGCUCCUGGCUACUCUGCACGCCCAAAGACCCCUCCCAGUAAGCAGAUACUCGAGAAGGCCCGCAAAGAACGCCUCCGAGACGUGCAGGUUUCCGGUGUGGUGCGGGACUUUGUGCUCUAUGCUCUCUACCUGGUCGUCAUUCUUUUCCUAGCCUACACCAACAGAGAUCCCGAAUCCUUCAGAAUGUCGGAAACUAUCAGGAAUACAUUCGUCUCAGACAACAUUGAUUAUCUCGUGGAUGGGGAAGAUCCGGUGACGUUCGGCGCCCUGACGCAGAGCACGCCCGACGAGUUCUGGAACUACAUCGAGCAGACCCUCCUACCAGGUCUCUACGGUUUCAAGUAUUAUAAUGGUGAGGUGAUGAAAUGGAGAGAUGCCAGGUUCCUCAGGGAUUGGCAAAACUAUCGAGUCGGUCCCGCAAGGCUUCGUCAACUCAGAGUCAAGCCCUUACCUUGUGAGGUGAAUGGUAGGAUGGAGCAUGUUGUCAAAGACUGCACCCUAGACUAUUCCUGGUCUAAUGAAGACGAAGGAAUAUUCGCUGCUAACUGGACUUAUACCUGUGAUCCCAGCGAUGAAAACAUCCCAAAUUAUGCUUACUAUGAGGUGGAUGAGACCAGACCUUGGCGAUAUCGAUCAGCGGUAGAUCUCUAUGGUGUUCCCUAUCAAAGCAACCUGUAUUUCUACGGAGGUGGCGGCUUCAUCGCCGAGUUUGGGGUGAACCGGGAGCAAGCCAUGGACACGGCGCGGUACCUCAGGACCCACGGCUGGUACGACAAGUACACCCGAGCGAUCUUCAUCGAGUUCACCGUGUACAAUGCGAACGUCAAUCUCUUCAGCGUGGUGACUUUGCUCCUGGAGACGCCGUCGAUGGGAGGAGGGGUGGUCUCAAACACGGUGCACACCUUCAGGCUUUACCAGUAUGUCGGAGGUCUUGGUUUUAUAUCGAUCGCCUUUCAGGGCAUCUUCGUCGUCUAUCUUCUGUACUUCUUGGGACACUUUGUCUACCGUCUCAAGAAAGAAGGCAGGAAAGAACUGAAGAACGUCUGGACGAUUCUGGAGGGGAACAUGCUCCUCUUUGCGUUCUUUUCAGCUGUCAUGUUUAUCAUGAGAGAAGUGUUUAUUAGGUUCACUCUCCAAGAAGUCAAGAAGAAAGAUGAAGGAGGUUACGUGAAUUUCAAUCACAUCGCCAAGUGGGACCAAAUCUUCGGCUAUCUGUUGGCCAUCCUCACGUUCAUAUCCAUCCUGCGCUUCAUGCGCGCCCUGCGCUUCAGCGCCAGGGUGACCCACGUGGCGAUGGCGUUCCAAAGGGCCUCCAGGGACAUGCUGUACUUCCUGUUCAUGUGGUGUCUGAUUGUGAUUGCCUUUGCUCUCUGGGGCUAUGCGAUCUUCAGCAGGUCUAUCUUCACCUUCCACACGUUCCAGGCCGUCUUGGAAUCGUUGCUUGGCAUGAUGAUAGGGUCGUUUGACUUCUAUGCCUUACAGUCAGUGGAGUCCGUUAUUGGACCAAUCUUCUUUACUCUCUACAUCUUUGCUGCAUAUUUCAUGCUGGCCAACAUGCUCAUCACAAUCAUUGUAGAGGCAUUCGCCAAGUCCAAAGAGGACCCGGAUAAAGAUGAAAAUACAUUCCCGAUAGGUCAACACAUGAUGAAGAGAUUCAAGAUGAUGCUGGCCAGCUAUGGUAUCGGCUCCAACUCGGUGGGGCCAGCUCCAAAGAAACUCAACGAUAAGAAGACCGAUGACAAGGACAAAGAGGAUGAGGAUGAUGAUGAAGGUAAUGACCCGGCCUACCAGGACAUGAUGGACACCAUAGAGAAUCGUGUUGAUCAACUGGUCACCUAUGUCCUCAAGAACUACGGUGACGGCAAGGGCGCACCAAUGGGCAGCAAGGCUACCCUCAACACCUUUGAAGCUAUGGUCAAGAAGGACAUCGAGGCGGUCAAGCAGAAGAAGACCCGGACCAUAAUGAUCAGCUAGAUGUCCGGACAAAUAGUCAUCUCACCAUUCAUUUGUGUGUUAAAGAUCUCUACUAUUAUCCGAAUCAGUAAUAGGGAGAAUUAAUACUGAAUUUGAUGUACGAAUAUUUAGAUUUAGUUAAAAUUAUUGUUGAAAACUGAUAUGACAUCAUUUGGGGCUAUCCUCGAUCACCAUUUUGCUAAAAUAUCUGAAUCAGUAAUAGGUAGAAUCAAUACUUCAUUUCAUAUACGAAUAUUGUGAAUUAGCUUAAAUCGUUGUUUAAAUUGUUAUGACAUUAUUUGAGGCAAACCCCGAUAAGCAUUUUGCUAAAAUAUCUGAAUCAGUAAUAGGUAGAAUCAAUACUUCAUUUCAUAUACGAAUAUUGUGAAUUAGUUUAAACGUUAUGACAUUAUUUAAGGCAAAUCUUGAUCAGC